AUGGACGGUAGCCAUGCUCCCACAGACUCGGCCCCUCCGAGUGACACUGUACGAGGAAGCAGCAAGUCAGAACCGGCGCCAGGAUCCCAGCGACUGUCGGAUGCAAAGGUCACCAAGCCGAAACGCAGCGUGGUCCACGUGGCGUGCGCGUGUUGUAGGCGACUUCGUAUCAAGUGUGACGGCAUCAGACCGACUUGCCAACCAUGCGCCAGAAGAUACGAGGACUGCGUGUACGAUGUCGAAGCCAACACAACACGAUCCAAUGCCCUGAAACGCAAAAACGAAGAGCUCGCGCAGGAGAACGCAGAACUCCGAAGGCUGUACGACUUCCUGCUCAACCGUCCACUGGCCGAGGCUGAGGAGAUCUUUCGUCGCAUUCGCAGCACUCGAGAUCCGCUUGAGGUCCUGCGCCAUGUCAACACUGCUGAACUGCUCGUAUCCCAGACGAAUCCAUCUAUGAACCCCUCUCAGAACCAAGAUCGUCAACGCAGUGUAUCCACGGUGAACACUCUCUCCGCUUCUGGUUCAACCAAGUACGAUCCUGUCCACGACAACCAGUAG